GACGGCAACAGCCACACAAACACACUCCACACACCACCACCACGACCACCACCGCCGCCACCACCACCACACAGACACUGUGACGGCUGCCAGGCGCAGUGGGAAGCAAGCCGUCAGGGAGAGAGCUUGAGAAGAAAGAGAGGGAUCGCAGAGGAGAAGAGAAGAAAAGAGUUGGAGGAGGCACCUUGUGGAUCAGAGGGGAUUUUCCUCCUGUGCGAGUGCGCUUCUGGAUACGACUAUCUGCUUCUUCCCGAGCAAGAGGAGUUUUUAAACGAGGCUUCUUUCUUUUUUUGCUCAUCCUCCACGCCGGGCUCCAGCGAUAUCUACCUAUCUAUCCCCGGAGCUUAACAAAACAGGGAGGGAGUGAGAGAGAGAGUGAGAAUAAAGGCAGUCACAGCUUCAGCUCAAGACCACCCUCUCUCCUCCUCUUCCUCCUCUUCUCUCUCUCUAGCUCCACAUCCAGGCGUGAGUUCAUCGCUGAUUUCACUGUCUUUUGAGGAUAGAGCAGAGCACAGCGCGUGUUCUCCAGGACACAGCCGAGCUCCCGGUGGGAUCAGGGUCUCGUCUGUGGUGAGAGGGAGCGAGAACCAGACAGGGAAACUGAUACACAGGAAGAAGGAAAGAGAAGGAGAGAGACGAGAGUAAGAGACGCCGGAGAGCAAAUUGUGGGGCAUGUUCAGGGCAGCAGGGACGAAGAGGCAGUCUGAUUUUUAGAGUGGAGAGUGCAAGGAACUGACAACCGGAUCCUAUCCAUUCCUCCCUCCUCCUCCUUCUCCUCAUCGUCCUUUUCUUCUUCCCUCUCCUUUUACCCUCUCUCUGUCCUGCUCUUCAAUUCCCCCUAUUGAUUCCGGUGUUGCCUCCUACUAACCUUUUUUUAAUACCUUCCAUUCCUCACCUCCUUCUCCCCAAACCCUUUUUUUUUGCUGCCACUCCGGAUUCUCUCUGUCUCUCUUUCUGGGCCUGUCUCUCUUUGUGAGGUUCCCUGUGAGCUCCCAGACAAGUAGACUGACUAAAACCCCAAGUGCUAUCUGUCCUCCUGUCCCUCCCUUCCUCUGUGUGUUUAUCACACACACUCCUCAGUAAGAGGACAACGUUCUCUCUCUGCAUCCUCCACUCUUGGAAGCAGUCGUCUGAAGGAUCCAGGCCGGCGUGAACGUACCUCACCUGCGAGCUUCUAUCUCGAGCCUCCAGGACCUUCAAUUGGAUUCCAGCUACAUGGGAAAACGUUUGGAGCAGCAGCAAAUGUACCCCCACUACACCUACUACUACCCCCACUAUCUCCAGACCAAGCAGUCCUAUGCACCUCCCCCUCCGCCCAUGGCUCCGCCCAGCCCUGGCACCACAGGAGGAGGAGGAGGUGGAGGAGGAGGAAGUCAUGGAGGAGGGCUAGUGGAGCAGCUUAGUAAGACCAACCUGUACAUCAGAGGCCUGCCGCCUGCCACCACCGACCACGACCUCAUCAAACUCUGCCAGCCAUAUGGGAAGAUUGUGUCAACAAAGGCCAUCCUGGACAAGAACACCAACCAAUGCAAAGGCUAUGGCUUUGUGGACUUUGACAGCCCUGCAGCAGCCCAGAAAGCUGUGGCCUCGCUCAAAGCCAGUGGAGUCCAGGCACAGAUGGCAAAGCAACAGGAGCAGGACCCCACCAACCUCUACAUCUCAAACCUGCCACUCUCCAUGGAUGAGCAGGAGCUGGAGAACAUGCUGAAGCCCUUCGGUCAUGUCAUCUCCACACGGAUACUGAGGGAUGCCAACGGCCUGAGCAGAGGAGUCGGCUUUGCUAGGAUGGAGUCGACAGAGAAGUGUGAUGUGGUGAUUCAAAAUUUCAACGGGAAAUUCUUGAAAACCCCUCCAGGCAUGACAGCCCCUGCAGAGCCUUUGCUGUGCAAGUUUGCUGACGGAGGCCAGAAGAAGAGGCAAACCCAGGUGAAGUAUCCCCAGAAUGGCCGACCGUGGACACGGGAAGGAGAGAGUGGUAUGGCAUUGACGUAUGAUCCCUCCGCAAUGCAGAAUGGGUUUUACACGUCGCCAUACAGCAUCUCCACCAAUCGGAUGAUUGCACAGACGUCAAUCACACCCUUCAUCGCUGCUUCCCCCGUCUCUACAUAUCAGGUCCAGAGUACAUCAUGGAUGCCACAUCAUCAACAGUAUGUUAUGCAACCUACAGGCGCUGUGAUCACCCCAGCAGCGGCUAUAGAGCCCAGUUUGUCUCUUCACCCCUCCAGUGUGAUGGCUCCUCUCAGCCAGCAGAUGAACCACCUGUCUCUGGGCACCACAGGCACUUACAUGCCUGCUGCAGCAGCUGCUCCUAUGCAAGGAACCUACAUUCCCCAGUACACUGCAGUGCCUGCCUCUGCCAUCACAGUAGAAGGUGUGGUGACGGACCCUUCUUCACAGACAGCUGCCCCCUCCUCCCAGGACGCCAGCGGGCAGCAGCCUUUAUCAGUGGAGAAUACAGGAGAUCAUUCGACAGCCUACUCUUACCAGCAGUCUAAGUGAGUGUUAUAACAGGAUUGGUAGGAAUCAUUGCUGCAUUGCCUAUACCAAGGCGCUGGAGACAAAGAGAGAAUCAAAAUGAAACGGGGACAAAAAAAAAGAGGUGAUAUGGGCAACGUUGAGGGGAGAAUGCUUCCACUGUGCACAGGCACCAAAUAAAAGACAAAAUGAAAAAAAAAAAAAUCAAUUAUAUUUCUUACCUGGUUGAACCAAGAAAAAGACAAAAUGAUGAAGAGAAAUGAUGGUUUGCUGAACCUGAGGACAAUGAAAUAAAACGCAGUCUGCAUCUUUGAGUCUAUCGUUUCUCACUGUGAGACUGGACUUUGCCUCUGAAGGAAAAGGAGAAGACGGACUGAAAUCUAAACUCAACCAACAAGCUGUACAGAAAAAAAGAACAUUUGAUUGUGCAGGUAGAUUUUCAGACUUUUUUUUAUCAAAAAAAGGAAGGAAGCAAAGUCUAGGAAAAAAAACAGGUUGUCUUCCUUUGAUAUUAAGCUACAUUUAUUUUCAUUAUUUUUAUUAUUUGAGUAGUUUUCUAGAAUAUCAAUGUUUUCGUAAAUCUUUAUUGCCUUAAUUUUCUCAAACUUUGGGAAAAAAGUUUCCAUAAUGUUGAAUUAUUUAAAAAAAAAAAAGAAUGGUUGAAUGAUUUGAGAAGUUCUUAAAGAGUUCCGAGAACCACCGAGAAUAAAUCUACAAAGCUAUUUGUACAGGAUAAAAAUAAAAAAAGGUUGUAAUUGUAUGAAGAUGAUUUUAAAUUAUGUGGUGCAGUGCAGCUGAUGUUUGGUUGGUGGAAAAACAAAAAAUCUUCUUUAAUGCGACUUGUGGGAUGGGUCAAUCCACUGCUUCCUGGAAAAUGCAGUUAAGUUUAAUCAUGGGAUAAAAUUUCUGUUUCUUCAUCACAUUUGUAUUUUUUUGUUUUUAUAACCUUCAAAAGGGUUUUGCUUUGCCUGCUUUGCUUGUCUCACUGCAAAAAGAAAAGUAAAAAAGGAACAUUUCUGACAUUGACUAAAAGCAGAAAUAAACGCUAGGAUUUUUAAAUGUGCAAAAAGCAAUAGUUUUAGUAAAACUGUUGACAGUUUCUUGAGUCUUUCUUAACCGUUGAACAAAAGCAGCCAUCAGGUGGCACAUUUUAUACCAAAGAUGAAGAAACUAGGUAAUGAAGAGAUAUUCCUUAUGUUGCUUUUUCUUUAUUUUUUCACCUCUGAAACUGAGAUUUUUAUCGAUUGUCAUGCUGUUGGCAUGUGAGCUAAUUUAUCAGUGACUGAGAACAUGCAGUAGGUCUUUAAACACAACUGCCUCAACCAGAAGAGUGUGCUCUGUGAUGUUUUCUUUGUCAAGUGAUCAAACAGUGGUGAUGAUUUAAAGUGGCGCUGUAACAUCUGUGUGGUAUGGUGAAAGUGGAGGAGGUAGGUAUAUUAUUGGGAAUAAGUUGUUUCACAAUACUUCAGUGGUAAAGGUUUGGAAAACGAAUGGUAUCCUGUGGAAUGGUGGUGUGUACUCUUUAAACCUUUGUACCCACCCAACAACUCCCUCUUCAGGCUGCAUUGACCAACCACGAAUACCGACACUGAGAUGCUGUAACUCCUUCUGAUGGCCAGCCAAAAUGCUCCUAUUUCGAAAUGCAUAGUCUCAGUCCAUACGUUUUACGCCACUGUCUUGCCAAACACAAGCCAUUUAAAAUGUGAGCAGCAGGGCGAUGAUCUCUGUCAGAGGAAAGGGCAUUUCUGUUGAACAAACUCAUUUCAGCUUAUGUAUAUUCUAAAAGGUCGAGGAGAGAGUUGUUGUGUUUUUUCUUUUUGUGUUGCCUUUUUUAUUUGUCUUUCUUGAGAGUUGAUUAUGAAGUGUGAGCUGCUAAAUACUUUUCAUUAAUGAGGAUUGAGGCAGCCUUGUGUUGGGUGGGUGUGGAAGACGUACACCUCCAGAAUGACAGCAAUUGACUAUUUGAAGGCAAGAUACUGGAAAGACAGUUAAGUGUUAUCCUUGAAAUCACUGCUUAAGCAUCCGGCAAGUCUUGUGCCUCUUUUCAGGUGACAGAAGAGACAUGUUGCAAAAAAAUAUGAGAAUUAUAAUUCUGGUCAAAUCUGGUAAUAGGAAUCUGCAUUAUUUGUACUGAGUAACAGGGAACAAAAUGUCCUCUAUGGACUUUAACUGACUGACACAGGCUCUGAGGUCACACCCUUGAAGCUCCACCUACCUGACACUCAGCCAAUGAAAAGAAGCUAAUGGAUACAUAGGAACAGACAGUGGGGUUCAACCAAAAUCAAGCAGAUACAAACCUCUGUGGGAAAAUAAAUUAUUGAAAGAAGAGAGAAAGUAGACAAAGCGAGAACAAAAGUACUAUUUAUGAGAUCUUUUUUUGUACAGGUGUGUAAAAGAAGAUGCAACAGAAAUAACUUUGAUGAUGCUAUUUUUUUAUUUGCUUGGUCACAUGCCUCCCAUGUCUUUCAAAUUGUGAUUCUGAGAGUGUCUGUAGAAACAGUGGAUAUUGCUGUAGUUUCAAAUGUCUCUUUUCUUUUUGUUUUCUUUUUAGACAAGUCUUUCAAUAAAAAACGUUUUAAACAGUCAA